CAUUUCUGAUGGUUUUCCUCCCGGGCGGCUCUAUAGCAGCUCAUGUAAACCGCGCUGGUCUUUCCGUCUUGUUAAACUGCUGUCAUUCUUACCGUGAAUUCAAAUGCGUUUUUAUUUUCUCUCUGUUUCCAGCUCUAACAAGUAAUUAACUUGAUCGCUAACUCGUGGCGUGCAUUUAAUGAAGAUAAGAGGGCUUCCAGGUAAACCAGGGAGGGGGGAGAAAAUGCGCAGCCGGGGAAACGUGCUUGUGUUUCAGGAUGUCCUGUAUCGCUUAUUAAAGGUGGACGGGGAGCGGCGAUAGACGCCACUCCUGCUUAAGACCUUAAACGGGAACCUGCUCGAUUCAAAGCCGAUCCGGACACCGCUGCGUCGUCAAAUUUACCCAAAGACUGGAAGAUCUGACCGGCAUAUUGAUCCGGUUCAAUAGCUGAAUCCCCGGCGAUCCCAGUGCAAACAGCAAGACCAACGCUCAAAAAUAAAAAAAAAGACCUAUGUAGAAAGCAGAGUUAUUUCCCCUCCCUUUUCUUCUCUGGCUGGAAGGGGAGAAAUCAGUUUUGGGGCAAACAGCGUUUUGAUGCUGGCGGAGCUGCGCGCAUGCGUUGCUCUUGUCGGAAUAAUUGCGCUCAACGGGACUAAGUUGCAUUCCCUGGUUCUUCCGUCAAAGUCAUUUCUUUUAAUCAAAGUUAGAGAUGUGGACUGUUCAGGACCUAGGACGCCUUGGGAUUUUAUCUCUUCUUCUCACGGUCGGCAUGGUCUCCUGUGCGCAAAGCGCGAACGAGCCCAGUAACAUGUCAUACGUGAAAGCGACGGUGGACAAACUGCUCAAAGGAUAUGACAUUCGCUUAAGGCCUGAUUUUGGAGGCGCUCCCGUGGACGUUGGCAUGAGCAUAGACAUCGCCAGCAUCGACAUGGUCUCUGAAGUCAAUAUGGAUUACACCAUCACCAUGUACUUCCAGCAGUCAUGGCGGGACAAGCGUCUGUCCUACACGGGGAUCCCUCUCAACCUCACCUUGGAUAACCGUGUGGCUGACCAGCUGUGGGUGCCGGACACAUACUUCAUCAAUGACAAGAAGUCUUUUGUGCAUGGCGUGACAGUGAAGAACCGCAUGAUACGGCUGCACCCCGAUGGCACCGUGCUCUAUGGCCUCCGAAUCACCACCACGGCCGCCUGCAUGAUGGACCUCCGCAGAUACCCCCUGGAUGAGCAGAACUGCACCCUUGAGAUCGAGAGCUAUGGCUACACCACAGACGACAUUGAGUUCUACUGGCAGGGAGGCAGCUCUGUCACUGGAGUGGACAGCAUCGAGCUGCCUCAGUUCUCCAUCAUCAACUACAGGACCCUCUCCAAGAAGGUCGUCUUUGCAACAGGAUCCUACCCCCGACUCUCCCUGAGCUUCAAGCUGAAGAGGAAUAUCGGUUACUUCAUCCUACAGACCUACAUGCCCUCCAUCCUGAUCACCAUCCUGUCCUGGGUCUCCUUCUGGAUCAACUAUGAUGCGUCCGCGGCCCGAGUGGCUUUGGGAAUAACAACUGUGCUGACCAUGACUACCAUCAAUACUCAUCUCCGUGAGACCCUUCCCAAGAUUCCUUAUGUGAAGGCCAUCGACAUCUACCUGAUGGGCUGUUUCGUUUUCGUCUUUUUGGCGCUCUUGGAGUACGCCUUCGUCAACUACAUCUUCUUUGGCCGGGGCCCCCACCUGCAGAAGAAAGUUGCAGAGAAAGCAGCCAAGACCAACAAUGAGAAGAGCAGACUAGACUCCAACAAAGUCCAGGUGGAUGCCCAUGGCAACAUCUUGCUGACCAACCUUGGGAUCCACAAUGAGGUGAGUGGUGCAGAGAUGCUGGCGGGCCUGGGGGACCCACGGGCCACCAUGUUCUCCUACGACAGCGCCAGCAUCCAGUACCGGAAGCCCAUGGCCAGCCGGGACCUUUACAGCCGACCGGCCGUCGACCAGCCGCUGGGCCACAAGAAAAGCAAACUACGCCGCAGGGCAUCCCAGCUCAAGGUCAAGAUCCCCGACCUGACGGACGUGAACGCCAUAGACAAAUGGUCCAGGGUGAUCUUCCCCAUCACCUUCACUUUCUUCAACCUGGUCUACUGGCUGUACUACGUCCACUAGGGGGCGCCUGCUUUACACUUUAUAUAUUUUCUCUCUAAAGGCUCUCCUUUUUUUUUUUUUUCUUUUUCAGAACUCUAAGGUAAGGUAUUCAGCCAUUGUUUAUUUUUCCAUAGCAGUAUAAUUUUAAGAAGAAUAUGGAGCUGUAUGCUCCACUUCAGUGUAAAUAUAUUUUAAUAUAUAAAACAUAAAAAGGAUAGAGACAAUAAUAGUAUUUUAUUUUCCCAUAAUUGUACCUGCACAUUGAAAACAGAAUCAUAUGGACCUAGUAUUUGAAUAAGGCUCAGAUGGAUACAGAAGUGCUCUUUCUGUUCUGAUGUUAGGGGGUCCAACCUGUUGCAGCAAUGGCAUCUGACCUCGCAGAUUCUGUGCCAAACCGGACUGUGAUGACUUGAAGAUUUGUGAACAAAACACUGUGUUAUUUCUUUGUAAAGAGAAUAUACCCAUUUGUAUGUGGCAACAGGUUUCCACGUUCUGGAUGCGGCAAGGAUGCUCUGUUUAAGAAAGCAAUUAGCUCUGACUCACUAACCUUUUGUUUUUGAUGAAUGUUUUGUUUUACCGAUGUCCUGUGACAAAAAACUGCCCUGGCUGAUGAGCAGAUUCUAUUUUGUCUUCAUCAAGGGCGCUUUGCUAUUUUUUUCUGUUUGACGCAAGCAGUCAUAUAUUAAUUUCCCACUAGUCUUGCAUAUGCCAGCAUUCAUUCUUGCAUGAAAACACUGAGCUUGUUUGAUUGCUCAACCAUUUAGCUGCUUAGAUUAACCUGAAGCAAUGGAAGGCUUCAUUAUUUAUUCAUCAAUUCCAUUCUUUCAAAAAAUAUAGAAUUUAGGCACAUAACUGCUAUAAAUUGAAAUUCAUUAGUCUGGGAUUAUGUAAAAUGCAAAUUUCAGGUAAAAAAAAAACAAGUUACACUUUCAAAUCAUUGACAAAUACACAAACAGGGUGUUCUUUGGGAAACCACUGUAGAGAUUCCUCAAAAAAAUUACUUUCCAGGCGUGAUCACACCUUACUUUUUGAAUGCAAAGUCGUGUUUCAUCUAUCUAAUAUUUUAUGUACUUUAAAUAUAUAAAUAAUAGUUAUGAUGAAGAAUGAAAUUGAAGUGCUGUGGGACAAAAUUUAAUUUACAUGCAUUGAGUCAAGGAAAACCUUAUUCAUUUAUUAAGCAGGUGCACUAAUCUAUAACAUAUUUUAACAACUACUUUUUUGAUUAAACAAUUGAGGACUCUACUUUAUUAAUUAUAAGUCAUGUACCUAGAACCCCUGAAAGGCAUCAUUAAUUAGACCAUUAACUAUAUGGUUGUGUAAUAACAUAAAAAGUGAAUACGGGGGAUUUUGUUCAAUGACUGAAGACAAAUCAUGGAGGGAAAUUUGAAUUUGAAAAUGUGAUCCAGUACAGCCCGGUGUGGGUGCAAACAUGCCCAUGUAACCCAAAGUGUAGAAUGGAAAAUUUUUGAUUUUAAUAUAAUAGUAAUAUGUGCCCUAAGAGUGUCAUGUGAGUCUAUGGAGUUAAAACACUAAUGUUCCAAAACUCUUUCCAGUUUUUGUUAGUUUGUAGAUGAGAACCCCGAUGCCGUAAAGUCAGGCUUCCUCAUCAUAUGUUACAGUAUUGGGGCCCAAAACUUACUCCGUCCUCAUCUAAUCAAACGAAGAACUUUUGUUAAAUGUCAAAAACUCAAGUCCACAGAAUGUUAAUUUUUUAAAAAUGUAUUUUGUAGAUUGAGUUCUGGAAAUGUCUUAUUCGUUUUUAUUUAUUCAUUCAGUUUAAUAUGGUCCAGAGAAGUCCUCUGUGGAUCUAAUAUGAUAUUGGUGUUAGUUCACAUCGUCAGCGAAUAAAAUGUCAGUGCAGAGUUAGAACCUAAACAACUGAAUCUUGUAAUAUAUUACGGAAUGAAGUACAGCAAGGCACAGUUAAGGGUUCGCAUUAAAAUUUGAGUGGAUGGAUCUUAACAUAAUCACAUGGGAAAAGCUAAGAGAGAAAUGUGAAACCCGGGAAUUGUGGGAAAAGGAGUGAAUAGGCUAUGUAGCUAUGGUAGGGAGGGAUUGUGGUUGAAACUAGAUAUCGAUUGGGUUCUUGUCUUUUUUCACUCCCUUACAAAGUUUUUAUUUUCUCUUUAAAAACAUGCAAUGGUGCUUGAGCUUUGCUUUGUCGUUUCUUCAUUAUAAGCUGUCAUCAGUGGAAUUUCAGUUCUUUUUAAAGAAAUAUUAUGGGGUUGUGAUGAUAGGGUAGCUCACAGUGCACUUGGGUGUUACAGCUUACUUUUUGUGAGUUGCAGUCCACUGGAAAUGAAAAACAGCAACACUCAAUUGGCCAACUACGAUCCAUUAACUCUGAUUCUGUGGAGUACAAUCACUUUGCACUACAAAAAAUUGGAAUUAAUCAGAACUAAAUAGGAUGUGAGGGUACCAGGGUUCAUUAGACUGAAUACAACAAAUUGGGCAUGUUUCAAUAGGAGAAAAUAAUAAGCAGUGUGCUCUUUUCUCAUGGCUGAAUAUUGUGCCUUUAAACAAGAAACUAAAUAUUUUCACAGGGUUAACUUAUAACUAGGCCAUAGGCUUUAAAAAAAUAAUAAACUUGUACUUUUUUAAAAGAAGAAAUAAACCAACAAUAUUGUUGACUUUUGUGAUAUAUAUGCUAUAUGUACUGUAUAUAUACUGUAGUUAUGACAUUCCAGCAUUAUGAUGACAAUCUGUAAAUACAAAAAUAUAAUCUUGUCUGCUGGUAUGUUUUCUUUUCGUAGAUUCUAUUGUUACUAAUGAUGUUGUUGCUGUUAGUGUAAUAGUUGCUUUUUAAAUAGAUCAGGGCUGCCCAAUUCCAGUCCUGGAGGGCCAGUUUGCAUCUGAGUUUGCAGAUUUCCCUGCACUGUUCAACUCACCAGCUAAUUGCCAGGUUUGGUAGUUGUGUUUGAGGAGGAAAAUCUACAAACUGAUUUGGCAAACCAGGACGGGAACUGGGCAGUGCUGAAGAUGACGAAGGUGAUUCAAGAGAAAAUGAUACAGCACUGUAUAGCUGCCAGUAAAGGCCACUGAUCUGAUAUGAACUUACCUUCCCCUCAAACAAUGAUUUUGGGCAUAAGAACUGAUGACUUCAAUCAAAGCUCUGUAAGGAACCAUUGUGUGUUGGGCUGCUGUAAAUGUAUGUGCAUUCACCUUCUUAGUGCAUUUGCCUGUACAUUUUGAAGUGCAGGUUAGGUUUGUCUGUACAUCUUGUGGUCAAAGUGGGGUCAUAACAAGGGUCCCAGUAUGCAGACUAAUAUCCCUCCAAAAGCAAAAGGACCAGAAUGUGUGUUGACAAAAAGACAAACAUGUCAGAUAUGGCCAUGGAAUGGAAUUUCAACACGACUUGGAGAUCAACUUGGAGAUUUUGUCACUUCUGCCUGGCAAAAGAGACAUAAAACAGUGGGAGACAAUGUACUGUAAAAACACUGUAACUUCUCUUGCAGAAGGUCCUUUGGAUCAAAUCCCUCUAAGCACUACUACCUUAAGAACAUGGUAUUCCCUGGCAGAUAUCAACUCAGGGAUGUUGCAAAACGCUAGCAAAACCAGUAAAAGUGGCAGCGAGCUAGAAACA